AUGCAUUAAAAUGGAAAGGAAAUAGUGGUGAUGGAAAAUAGGAUGAGGAAUGUAAUGGCAUUCGGAUAGGUAAAUGGAUUGAAUUGUAAGAAGGAUUUAAUAAUAAUGAUAAAUUAGUAAUUUAUCUUGGAGAAUAUAAGAAAGGAAAAAAAAUAGGUCUAUGGAAUAUUUUUAUCGAAGGAAUUAGAAUUAUUCAAUUAUAUAAAUGUAAAUAUACUUUAAAUGAUUUUAAAUAAGAAUCUCGUUAGUGGUUGGUGA